GCCGUGCCUGACACUGGCUUCCCCGCUUUCCCUCGCCCGUCAUGAAUGGCUUCGUGGCCGGGCAAUUCCGGAUCUCCAAGCCGGAGACUGGCUUCCAGCAGAAGGCCGGGUCAUACCGGGACUUCGGCACCGUGGAGCAGUUCCAGAAGACCACGGGCCUGGCGCGGAAGCGCACCACAGGCACCGCCAUGCCCCGUGAGAACUCCAUCCACAAGGGCCUGAUCGUGUGCACCAAGGAGUAUGGCGCCUUUGUACAGAUCAGUAGAGGCGAGAAAUACAAGGACGGCUUCCUCCACAUCGGUUGCCUGCCCAAUCCUCCUGGUGUGGAGCGAGUGGAGGUGGUCAACUCCGUGGUUCGCGAAGGCGAUCAGGUCUGGGUCAAGGUCCGUGACGUCGAUGAAGAGAGUGGCAAGUAUGCUCUCGACAUGAGGUUUGUCCACCAGAAGGACGGACGAGACCUGGAUCCGUUCAACGGCCGCGGGCGAGUCCCCAAAGACGUCGGCUGGGUGUUUCCAAAGCAGCAGUUGAAGCACAUCCAGGAGGCGAACGCGGUCAUCUCCGCGCAAAAGGUAGGCUUUGACGUGGACAUCGAGGCAAAGAAGCAGGAGGAGGAGGAGGCAGCCCUCAAGAGGAUGCAGGUGGAAUCAUCUGAAGAGGAGAGCGACCCCGCGGAUAAGAAGGCGAAGAAGCUGAAGAAGAAGCUGGAGAAGCAGAAGCAAAAGCUCGAAAAGCUGAAGCAGCUGAAGUCAGAGAAGGGCAGCGAGAGAGGGAAAGCAAAGGAGAAAGUGAAGGAGAAAGAAAGGGAGAAGGAGAAAGAGAAGAAGGAGAAGAAACGGAAGAAGUGCUCUUCCAGCGCAAGCUGACAAAAGAAGUGCGUCAGCUUUUGUUUUGCACGAGCACGAAACUUGCUAAGGCAUGGGGCGCGAGGCCUGGGGAAAC